UUUCCUCUGGCUUACAUUGAGGAUCCAAAGACGAAUCGAAUUAUGCAGUGGCGGGAUAUUAACACAGAGCAUGGGCUAAAGCAGCUGUCCUUCAGCCUGUCAUCAGAGCCUAUUCAGGGCUCCUACAAGAUAGUGAUAGAGAAACAAUCAGGACUGAAGAAAGAGCACUCCUUCACCGUGGAGGAAUUCGUGCUUCCUAAGUUUGAAGUUCAAGUAAAGGUUCCAAAGGUCAUCUCUGUGCAAGAUGAAAAAGUAAACGUGACUGUGUGUGGAGUAUAUACCUAUGGAAAGCCUGUACCAGGACAGGUAAAGAUGCACAUAUGCUGUGAAUAUCAGGAUUCUAGCAGGAAGGGACAGGAAAUAUGCAUGCCUGUCAGUUACCAGCUAGACAACAAUGGCUGCACCACACAAGAAGAAAACAUCCCUGUGUUUCCUUUACUGAAAAAACAUGAAGCCCAUCGUUUCUAUGUGAUUGCAAGGGUUAUAGAAGAAGGGACAGGUAUGAAUUGAGUUCUUGGAUCUGGGACAUCUAAAAUUGAAAGAAGCACAACCAAACUCAUAUUUGUGAAAGCUGAUUCACACUUUAAAUGUGGAAUUCCAUUCACAGUGAAAGUCCGCCUAGUGGAUAUCAAAGGAGCUCCCAUGCCAAAUGAGCAAGUCUUUAUGAAAGCACGUGAACUUGACUACACCGAUGUUACUACCACUGAUCAGCAUGGCCUGGCGGAGUUCUCCAUCAACACCACCAACAUCGAGGGGUCUUCCCUCACUAUCAAAGUCUACCACAAGGAGGAAAAUUCAUGUAUCCAUCACCCUUGCACAGGAGAAGAACAUGCAGAGAAACAUCAUGUGGCUUACAGUAUGUACUCCUUCAGCAGGAGCUUUGUCCACCUGGAGACAGAGGCCGGGGUCUUGCGCUGCAGUCAGAAUCACACGGUUCAGGCACAUUUCAUUCUGAAGGGUCCGAUCUUGAGAGUGAUGGGAGAGCUUAUCUUUUAUUACCUGGUCAUGGCCAAGGGCAGAAUUAUCCAGACUGGAAGCCACACUCACCACAUGGAGCCAGGAGAAUUUCCAGUGCAAGGUAGCUUUGUCAUGGAGACCCCUGUGGACUUAAGCAUGGCUCCUGAAGCUAAAAUACUUAUCUACACCAUCUUGCCUGAUGGAGACAUGCUUGCAGAUUCUGCAAAAUUUGAAGUUGAAAAGUGUCUUCUCAACAAAGUGGACCUGACCUUCACCCCAGCCCAAAGUCUUCCCGCCUCACAGGCCCAUCUGCAUGUCACAGCUUCUCCUCAGUCCCUCUGUGGUCUAAGAGCUGUGGACAAAAGCAUGCUGCUCCUGAGGCCUGAAGCUGAGCUUUCCCCUUCCUGGAUAUACAAUCUGCCAGAUAUGCAGCCCAGCAGCUUCAUGCCAAGUUCACACCAAUUUCUUGAAGAUGAAGAUGAUCAACUGUGUUGGUGGGGUGAUGAGGGUGAUGAACAGACAUACUUACAGCCAGAUGAGAGGGAUGUCUACAGUUAUAUGAAGGACAUGGGCUUAAAGGCAUUCACCAACUUGAAGAUCAAAUAUCCUGAAGUAUGUGCUGAUUAUGAAAUGAUGCUUCCAAUGCAAGCACAUAAAGAUCCACCACCAAGUAAAGAUCCACCACGUGAAGAUCUGCCUACAGAAACCAUUCGAAAAUAUUUUCCUGAAACCUGGAUCUGGGAUUUAGUCACAGUAAACUCAUCAGGAGUAGCUGAAGUGGAUGUGACAGUCCCUGACACCAUCACUGAGUGGAAGGCUGGAGCCCUCUGUCUGUCCAGUGAAACCGGACUUGGCCUCUCUCCUGCGGUGUCUCUCCAAGCCUUCCAGCCCUUCUUUGUGGAGCUCACGAUGCCCUACUCUGUGAUCCGUGGAGAAGCCUUCACACUCAAGGCCACCGUGCUGAACUACCUCCCUACGUGCAUCUGGGUCAGUGUGCUGCUGGAAGACUCCCCUGACUUCACAGCUGUCCCAGUGUCAAAAGAGGAAGAUUCUUACUGCCUCUGUGCCAGUGGGAGGCACACCACAUCCUGGUUGGUAACUCCCAAAUCCUUAGGGAAUGUGAAUUUCUCUGUGACUGCGGAAGCACGGCAGUCCCCAGAGCCUUGUGGUUCUGAGGUGGCCACUGUUCCUGAAACUGGGAAGAAGGACACAGUUGUCAAAGUCCUGAUAGUGGAGCCCGAAGGAAUUAAGAAAGAACAUACCUUCAGUUCACUGCUCUGUGCUUCAGAUGCUGGCAUAUCUGAAAAAUUGUCCCUGAUGCUUCCAUCAACAGUAGUGAAAGAUUCAGCCAGAGCCCAUUUCUCUGUGUUGGGUGAUAUCUUGAGUUCAGCCAUAGAAAACACACAAAAUCUUCUCCAAAUGCCCUUUGGCUGUGGGGAGCAGAACAUGGUGCUUUUUGCUCCUAACAUCUAUGUACUGAAAUAUCUGAAUGAGACCCAACAGCUGACUGAGAAGAUCAAGUCAAAGGCCAUCGGCUACCUCAAUGCUGGCUAUCAGAGGGAGCUGAACUACAAACACAAGGAUGGCUCCUACAGUGCCUUCGGGGAUCAAGGUGGCAAGAGUGAAGGAAGCACUUGGCUCACAGCCUUUGUGCUCAAGUCUUUUGCCCAAGCUCGAGCCUUCAUCUUCAUCGAUGAAACACACAUCACCCACGCCUUCACCUGGCUCUCCCAGCAGCAGCAGGACAAUGGCUGUUUCAGGAGCUCUGGAUUGCUAAUCAACAAUGCCAUGAAGGGUGGAGUAGAAGAUGAAGUGACUCUGUCUGCCUAUAUAACCAUUGCCCUUCUGGAGAGUUCACUCCCAGACACACAACCUGUUGUCUCCAAAGCGCUGACCUGCCUGGAGUCAUCCUGGAAGACAAUAGAGCACAGUGGAAAUGGCAACUUUGUGUACACCAAGGCACUGCUGGCCUAUGCUUUCGCUCUAGCAGGGAACCAGGACAAGAGAAAUGAAAUCCUAAAAUCACUUGAUACUGAAGCUGUAAAAGAAGACAACUCUGUCCAUUGGGAAAGACCUCAGAAACCCAGGAAAUCCGAGAGGUAUCUGUACAAACCACAGGCUCCCUCUGCUGAAGUAGAGAUGAAUGCCUAUGUCCUCCUCGCUCUCCUCACUGCCCAGCCAGCCCCAGCCCCUGAGGACCUGUCAUUGGCAGUGCACAUCGUGAAAUGGAUCACGAAGCAGCAGAAUUCCCAUGGUGGCUUCUCUUCCACACAGGACACUGUGGUGGCUCUUCAUGCUUUGUCCAAGUACGGAACAAUUACUUUUGCUAGAAGUCAGAAAAUGCCUCUGGUGACCAUCCAAUCUUCAGGGACAUUUUCUAGAGAGUUCCAAAUAGAGGACAGUAAUUGCCUGUUGCUGCAGCAGAUCCCACUACCAGACAUCCCAGGAGACUAUGACAUCAAUGUGUCAGGGGAAGGAUGUGUGUAUGCUCAGACAACACUAAGAUACAACGUGCACUUGGAGAAACAGGAGUCUGCAUUCACUCUGCGGGUACAGACAGUACCUCUGACUUGUGAUAACCCCAAAGGCCACAACAGCUUCCAGAUCUCACUAGAAAUCAGUUACACAGGCAGCCGUCCAUCCUCCAACAUGGUGAUUGUUGAUGUGAAGAUGGUUUCUGGUUUCAUUCCAAUGAAACCAACAGUGAAAAAGCUUGAAAGAUCAGAGCACGUGAGCAGAACAGAAGUGAGCAACAGCAAUGUCUUAUUAUAUGUGGAUCAGGUGACCAAUCAGACACUGGCCUUUUCCUUCGUCAUUCAACAAGACAUCCCAGUGAGGAACCUGCAGCCUGCCAUUGUGAAAGUCUAUGACUACUAUGAGACAGAUGAAAUGGUUUUUGCUGAAUACAGCGCCCCCUGCAGCUCAGGUGAGCUCUUA